GGAGCGCGCGCGCCGCCGCCGCUGCCGCCGAGCUGGGCGGGAGUUGUUGGCGGUGGGUCUGAAGGUGAUGGCCUUGACUGAAGGCCUCGAGGCGGCAUCUCCCGCUGUUUCUGCAGUCGCUGCCCGGGACUCGGUGCGCUCAUCGUCAUGAGAGAAACGGCAGAAAGGCUCAGCGUUUCGUCAGCUGGAUCCACGACGGCUACCCACACUCGUCAUUUAGGGAUCUUUCCGUGCCAGUGUACUCUUUCCCGACGCCCCUCCCCUCAAAGGAGACAGAGCCCUGAAGCAAAGAAAUCUGGAUCACAGAAAAAGUAUUCAGGGGUCAUGCAAGCCAACUGUAGCCAACUGCACAGCCCUUCAGGAGCUGCAGGCAGUGAGGAUGCCUCAGCCUCCCAGUGUGUCCAAACAAGAUUGACAGGAGAAGCUUCCUGUCUUUAUUCUGGAGAUGUUCAUAUUCAGAUAAACUCCAUGCCUAAAGAAUGUGCUGAAAAUCCAAGCUCCAGAAAUGUAAGGUCAGGUGUCCACGGCUGUACCCAUGGAUGUGUACACAGUCGCUUACGGAGUCACUCCCACAAUGAAGCAAGGCAACCUGAUGAUACCGAGAUGGAGUCUGGAGAUCGUGGUAGUAGCUCCUUCUCAGAAUUCCGAUAUCUCUUCAAGUGGUUGCAAAAAGGUCUUCCAUAUAUUUUGAUUCUGGGUGUCAAACUUGUUAUGCAGCAUAUAACAGGAAUUUCUCUUGGAAUUGGGCUGCUUACAACUUUUAUAUAUGCAAACAAAAGCAUUGUAAAUCAGGUCUUUCUAAGAGAAAGGUGCUCAAAGAUUCAGUGUGCUUGGUUACUGGUAUUCUUAGCAGGAUCUUCUGUUCUUUUAUAUUACACCUUUCAUUCUCAGUCACUUUAUUACAGCUUAAUUUUUUUUAAUCCUACUUUGGACUAUUCGAGCUUCUGGGACGUACUUUGGAUCGUUGGAAUUACAGACUUCAUUCUGAAAUUCCUCUUCAUGGGCUUAAAAUGCCUUAUUUUAUUGGUGCCUUCUUUCAUCAUGCCUUUUAAAUCCAAGGGUUAUUGGUAUAUGGUUUUAGAAGAAUUAUGUCAGUAUUACCGAACUUUUGUCCCCGUACCAGUUUGGUUUCGUUACCUUAUAAGCUAUGGGGAGUUUGGUAAUGUAACUGGAUGGAGUCUUGGGAUAUUGCUGGCUUUACUCUACCUCAUACUAAAACUUCUGGACUUUUUUGGACAUCUGAGAACUUUCAGACGGGUUUUGAGAAUAUUUUUUACACGACCAAGUCACGGAGUGGCUGCCAGCAAGAGACAGUGUUCAGAUGUGGAUGAUAUUUGUUCAAUAUGUCAAGCUGAAUUUCAAAAGCCAAUUCUUCUCACCUGUCAGGCUCUUGUGAAAUCUGUUUUUCAGAAAACUCAAGUGUGUUUGCUGGAAAUAGAUACCUGUGAUCUUGAAAUGCUAUGGGGUACCACAAAUUCCUAGGAGGGGGUAAGCCCUGGAAAAGGCUCUUAACAAGAAAGCAGAACCAACAGAAGGAGUCUCUAGCCCACAGGAGCCCAAAGUCCCAGGGAAGAGAGAUGAGUCAAUGGAGCUAAGCACAAGGUGCCCUGGGAACUACAUCUGACCUGGCAAGAAGUCUUCCUGGAGGUGGAGAUACCUAAGCUGUAUCAUAAAAAGUUAUUAAGAUGAAAUGUAGAGGGUAUUAAAAAAAAAAAAGGCAUUCCCAGUGCAAAAGAGGCUUGACAGGACGGGACACGUCUUGAGGAUCUAAAAGUAGUUCAGUAUGGUUAGAAGUGGUUAGGACAUGUAUUAGGCUGGACAUAUAGGAAAUGGAAGGCCUGGGCAUCUAGGCAAAGGCAUCUGAAUCUUAUUUUAGAGGCAGAGGAGAAAUGCUGAGGUAAGGUAAAUGAAUAACCUUUGGCUUUAAGAAAGACAGUUCUAGUAGCAGUGUGAAGUUUUAGGGAAGAAAUGACACCAGUUAGAAGGCUAGUAAACUAAGCAAGAAGUAAAACCUGUAACUAAGAAAAUGAAGGUGGGGAAAAAAAGGGUAAAAGUGCAUCAUUAGCACUCGCUGACUAAGGAGAUAUGAGAAGAAAUGAUGAUACCAUGGUUUCUGUGUAAGUAAUGGUGUCAUUCAAUAACAGGAAAUGGAAACAAAGAAAAAAGUUUUGGGAAAAUGAUAUAUUGCUUUGGACAUGCUAAGUCUUAAAUUCUAAGUUCUUGUACACCUCUAGUAACAUGAAAAAGCGUAUAUACGUGGCCAUUAGUUGCAAUACUAUUUGUAAAAGUGAAACAUAAGAAACAACCUAAAUGCCCACACAUAGGAUACUGCAUGAAAACCCUGUGUAAGAAAACUGUAAAAAGAAUGAGGAACAUCUCUGAAAGCAAGGUGCAAAAGAGCAUAUAUGGCACAGCAGUAACACAGUAUGCUACCUUUUGUGUAACAGUGGAAAUAAGAAUAUAUAUAAUAGGUACAUGCUUAUAUCUGCAAUAAUGAGCACACCUAAAUUAAGCCAAAAGCUAAUGAUACAGGGAAUUCCCUGGCGGUCCAGUGGUUAGGACUCGGCACUAUCACUGACAAGGGCCCAGGUCCGAUCCCUGGUUGGGGAACUAAGAUCCCGCAUGCCAUGUGGCGUGUCCAAAAAAAUAACAAUAACAUAAAACAUCCCAACAAGAAACCUAUCUAAAAAAAAAAAAAAAAAGCUAAUGAUAGUGGAAAGGCAGGAAAGGGAAUGGGACCUCUGAGUAAAACCUGAAGGGUUUUAUCAUUCAUUUCUUUUCUUACCUAAAUCAAAUAUCAUUAUUGUGAUUAUUAAAUUCUGAACCAUGUUAAUGUUUUAUACAUUUCAAAAAUAAAAUUAAAUCUGGAUGGGGGAGGGAAAUAAAAUUGAAUACAACAGAAAUACAUAAAUUUAAUUGACUAUUACUUUGAUAAUUUUACCACAAAAGGAAAAAAAAGAUAUUUAAAUAACUUUACAUUGAACAUUCUUAGUGACAUAUACGUAAGCAUAAAAAAAAUUGCCAAAAAAUCUUAAACCACACUUAGUAGGUUUAUAGCUCCUCAUAGUAUUGGUAUUAUAAUUCUCAAACUAUUAUGCACGUAUUGUACAACUAAGCAAAUGAGUAAAUGUACUGAUGUUGUUACCAGGCUUUUCUCACUGUGGAAAAACAGAGAUGCAAAUGUAGGCCGAGGAAAGAAGAACCCUACGGAAUUGGACUGAAAUUAGGAAUAUCAAUAUGUAGCCAUGAUUUAAAACAAAAACAAAACUUCCUAGCUCUGUGUACUGAAAGAGCCAGGAACAAUGAGACUUCAGUAGCAAAAAGUAUAGCUUGGCACCCAGAUCUUGGUUUCUCUAGCAAAAAAAAACAGGGUUCCAUGGAGAAUAAAACGGUUCUAAGCCAGGGUCAGGGAAAGUGCAAGGUAAACCUGGAGCACGCUAUUAUACAGAAAGUAAGGAACUACUCAAAAACUAACAGGGAUAUGUUAAAAGGACACAGAAGCCAUCUUAAUGGAGCUCUCUCUAGCAAAACCUGGGAAAAUUUGUGGACCAAAAUUUGAAUAAUGAAAGAAAUGGGUAACACACUGAAAAAAAUGUCCAUACUAGUUAAAAAAAUUAAAUUUAAAAAAGCAAGUAUGAAAAGCUCUUCUUUACAGAAGAAUGACAAUAUAGAAAAAAAUGAUAAAAAUAGAAAAGUCUCCAUUUUAUAAUCACCAGAGUAUUAUCUGAUUUGGCUAAGAGACAAUGGAUAAUAAAACCAUUGGGUGUAGAAGAUUAUUAGGACAGAAUAUUAACACAAUCUCUAACUUUCAUUCCAUAGAUACUUUUUAAUUACAGAGGGAAAAAGGUAUUGGUAGAAUAGAAAGUUUGGUGGACACCACCUUAACAAAGUGAUCAAACUCAGUCUCACCAAAUAAUGAGACAGACCAACAUUAUGUGCUUCCUGAGCCCAUGCACUGAGAACACAAUGCUCCUGUAAAAUAUUCCUGCAGAAAGCAUUUAACCUAAAUUUAAAAUUUAAGUGUUUUCAUGAGGAAACAAUGAACCAUAUCCAAAUUAGGGAUACUCUGCAAAA